UUUGUCGGCUAUUUUGUUGGCUAUUUUGUUGGCUAUUUUGGGGAUUGACCCUGCUCAGAACCUGACAAAAUGCACGGGUAGCAAUGCGUGCGCGUACACCUAGCCAACAGCAGCAUUGCGAUUAUGUUUGCUUCUUUGAUGUUUACCGGUCUUCCUAACCAUUUCCCUCUAUUAACUAUGUAAGGAAUGAUAAUCAUCCAGGAACGAUUCCUUGCCUUGUUACUUACAGGACGUUUCACUUUCAACACGGCAUGAAUUGUUUACUGUGGUUACUAGUCUCAGUUGUUAUGACACAUGCCAAUCAGCAUUGUAAAGAGACCUUGUCAGCAAGAGGAAGUUACUUGAAGGGUCACGUGAUAUCAAGUGGAAAUGCAGCCAAUAUUGGCGAGUGUUUGGGCAAAUGUGCGAGAGAACCUCGGUGUAAAAGUAUUAACUUUCGGUUAGAAGGUUUGCUCUGUGAGCUGAAUGACGCCGAUAAAUCAACGCACCCGUGGGAUUAUGGACCAAGGCAAGGACAUGUAUACAGCAACUACCCUUACCAGACCCCCGAGUAUCAGUCAUGCGCAGAAAUAAAGUACGCCCAUAAAGAAGCAAAAAGCGGUCUUUACUGGAUCCCAGUGAAAAACAAAAUGGAGCAGGUCUAUUGUGACAUGGCAAUGUUAGACAACUUUGGUAAGGAAUUCUUGUUAGUCAUGGAUAGCCUCUUAACAUAGAAAAUCCAUCG